ACCACAGUGGAUCGAGAGAGUGAGAGCACUGUGAUUCUGAUUCUGAUUCUGAUUCAUCGUUGCUCCACAAAUGGCUACGAAAGUUGCAUUCCGAGCAGAAACAUUUAUGCUGUUACUGCUUCUUCUCCCUUUCUCCUUCUCCCAAUCGAUUUCUCAUUCUCACUCUUCCGCCGCCAUCGAUCUCUUCGCUCCGACUCACGGACUCUUCCCAAGUUUAGAAGAUGCGUACGAGGCGCUUAGAGUUUUUGAAAUUCUCGGAAUCGAAAAGAAGCCUCUUGCCAGCGCAGAGACUUGUCAGAAAGUGUUGGAAAAUCUACGCUCGUCUUCCCCGCUUAAGGAUUUGUUCUAUGCCUUGAAAGUAAAUGGCAUGUUAAAAUGCAACGUUAAUGGGGAAGUUUUGAAGGAUAUUGCUUCGGGACUUAAAGCCACUGUUCAUGAUGCAAGUACUUUGCUUGACAUAUAUUACUCAAUAGGAGGUUUGGUUCUUAUAAAGGAUCAGGAUUCUAAGGUUGAUGUGCUUCUUGCUGAUGCUGAUGGGAUUUUUCAAUCAAUCAAGGCACUAAGUCAAAGCGACGGAAGAUGGCGCUAUAGUUCUGAUAAUCCAGAGUCUAGUACCUAUGCUGCUGGAUUGGCACUUGAAGCACUUGCUGGAGUGAUCUCACUAGCAUCUUCUAAAAUUGAUCAGUCUAAGGUCAAUAUAGUGAAAAAUGACAUAGUGAAGCUUUUUGACAGAAUUGAGAAAUAUGAUGAUGGAAACUUUUAUUUUGAUGAGAAAUUUGUUGGUGGACUUGAGCAUCAAGAUUCUCUUUCCACAACUUCUUCAGUUGUUCGAGGGGUUACUGCAUUUGCUGCUUUAACUUCAGGAAAAAUAAAUCUUCCAGGGGAUAAAAUAUUGGGUUUGGCAAAAUUUUUCUUGGGCAUUGGAGUCCCAGGAGAUGCUAAGGACUUCUUCAAUCAAGUUGAAGCAUUAGCUUUUCUAGAGAACAACAGGAUUUCCAUCCCAUUGAUAUUGUCAAUCCCUGAAACAGUUUAUUCAUUGACCAAAAAAGGCCAACUUAAGGUUAGGGUGAAUACAGUGCUUGGUUCAGCUGCACCACCUCUAACAGUUAAGAUUGUCCGUGCUUUUAGUACUGCUGCAAAAGAUUCAGCUAUUAUUGACAGCAAGGAACUCCAGUAUGACCAAAAAAGUGGAUUUCAUGUCUUGGAUGCUUUCCUGAAGAAUGUGGAUGUGGGGACAUAUGUGUUUGUUUUUGAGAUUGUGCUUCAUCAUGCGGACAGUGAAAAAGUUUAUGCAACUGGAGGCCAAAUUCAUGUACCAAUAUAUGUCACUGGAAUUAUUGAAGUUAGCAAUGCAGAAAUUGUAGUUCUGGACAGUGAUCUUGGAAGUGCUGAAACCCAGAAAAUGCUAGAUUUGGGUGGAAACGAUGCUUUAUCGCUCUCAGCUAACCAUCUGCAAAAGUUGAGGUUUUCUUUCCAAUUGGCAACUCCUCGUGGUCAAGUUUUUAAGCCUCAUCAGGCACUUCUCAAGUUGAGACAUGAGACAAAGGUUGAACACGUCUUUGUGGUUGGAAAUACCGGCAAGAAAUUUGAGAUAAUUCUUGAUUUUCUUGGCUUGGUGGAGAAACUUUUUUAUCUCUCAGGCAGAUAUGACAUUGAGCUAACUAUUGGCGAUGCUGUCAUGGAGAACUCUUUCUUAAGGCUUCUUGGCCAUGUGGAAUUAGAUCUUCCAGAGGCACCUGAGAAAGCAGCCCGUCCUCCGCUGCCACCUGUUGACCCUUACUCAAGAUAUGGGCCCAAAGCAGAGAUUAUCCAUUUGUUCAGGGCUCCUGAAAAGCGUCCACCCCAGAACCUCUCUCUUGCUUUCUUGGGUUUGACCCUUUUGCCAUUCAUUGGUUUUUUGGUUGGGUUAUUGCGUUUAGGGGUGAACCUAAAGAAUUUCCCUGGUUCAGCAGUACCUGCUACAUUUGGAAUCCUUUUCCAUCUUGGUAUUGCUGCAGUUUUGUUUCUUUAUGUACUUUUCUGGUUGAAGCUGGACCUGUUCACUACACUCAAAACACUUGGUCUUUUGGGAGCUUUUUUGAUGUUUGUGGGACACAGAAUUCUUUCCCAUAUUGCUUUGACAUCAGCCAAGUUAAAAUCUGCAUGAGCGGAACAAAUAAUUUUUAUUUAUAAAGAGCCGAUGAGAAUUCUAGUUUUUCCUUUAAAGCAAUGGUACCAAUCCAAUUUUGUAGAACCUUUGUUGGAUUAUCUAAUGACAAAUUUAGA